AUGUGUCGUGCAGGGUCAAUGUCUGCUGGGUGUCUUGGAUAUGCGUACGAGGAGGCGAGCGUAAAUCUUGCGUUGGGUGUCAUCGCUGUCAUAUUUGUCUUCUUAAUGAGUGAGAGAAACAUCACGACAUUAAAUCAAAGACUACUAGUAGUGAGAGCUGUGAAGAGCAAGUCACGUGAUGAGGUUGAACGUCUGUUGGAUCUUGGAGCUGAAGUGGAUGCGUGUGAUGAUGAUGGAUGGACUGUACUGGUGAUAGCUUGUUUUGAUGGCUGCAAGUCAUUAGUUGAGCUUUUGUUGUGUAGAGGGGCAGAUGUAAACAGAACUGAUGAUGAUGGCUACACUGCUCUAAUGAUAGCAGCAUGGCGGGGUUAUGAUGAAAUCAUUGCUAUUCUAUUAGCAGCAAAAGCCAAUGCUGAACAGAAGGAUAAGUUGGAGAUAUUUCCUGCUGAUAUUCAAUCUGCUCCUCUGUAUCCUCGUCUCUGUCAGUCAGUCGUGUCCAAGCUGCUUCCUUCUUUUUGUAAGAAACAAGAUGAUCCGUUUAUGGAGAAGGAAACACUCAUGGAGAAGAUUGAGCAGGAGGCAUGUCCAGGACAAGAGAAGAAGGUUGUAGAGAAGAUUGCUGUUGCUGGUGAUGUGGCAGCUCUCAAUCUUGCAUCUCUACAUCAUUAUGCCAUCGGUCCUCUCAUUGCUUUUGAAGAUUUUACGUGGCAUGUCAGGUCAAAGAGGAAGGAUGGCACAGUAACAAGAGAAGAAGCAGAAACGGCAAUCAAUGAUUUCCGAAAAGAUCAGAAGAUUCAAGUUCAAUUCAACACAGAUAAAGUUCUCACUAUAAAUACAUCUGUUGGUAUCUGCUUCAAAGUGGAAGGCAGAGACGACUUGUACAUGUUUCCGGCUCUCUUCUUAAGGAUCUGUCUGUCAUGUGGAAGAGAGAUGAGAAUAAGAAAGUUUUGCACUACAUUAGAUAAGAAAGAACAGCUGUGGAGGAAUGGACUGAUCAUAUCACAAGGUGGUACAGUUCAUUUUCAUGAGUGUUUGGUCGCCAUGGUAGAUCUUGUUCGUUCUGUCGACUUUGUAUGCUGUGGAGGUAAGGGAACAGAAGCAAACUGCAUUUCCCUGCUCGACACUGUCAUGUCUCUUUGGAGAGAUAUGUUAGACAGAUACAGUUCAGGCACUGAAUAUGAGACUGAAUAUCUGAGCAGAAAGCAUUUAGAGAAACACAAAGAACUGAAACAAGUUGCUGUUUACUCAGAGGAGGAAUUCAAGGAAGCAAAGGCAACAGGAGAAGGAGCAAAUGCUACUGUAAAACAAGUAGUUGGUGAUGAGCGAGUCGUAGAAAAGCUUGGUGACUUGCUGUUUGUCAGAAUUGAAUGCAGAAGAAGGAAACUGUCGAUUUGUCAAUCAGGAGUCUUGCCUGAUGCUGGCAAGUUGAUGGCUGUUAUUGAAGCAAAGAGGGAGCAAGUGGGAAAAAUCGAAACAGUAAAGGAGAUGUUGAGAGUGUCAUCAGAUACACACACCCAUAGACAAAGAGGUGGAACAUUACUUAGGGAAAGAAUGUUAUCUGUGAGUAGGGCGGAUGUGAACAUUACUGCAGCAAAGUUGUUUUAUUUCCUACCACAGAAUGUACACCUCAGCUCUAGGUAGUCACUGUAUUAUAGUGGACACUUUAUAUUGUCAACAAAGAGUAUUAUAAACAUUAUAAACAGACUAUCUUUCUGUUUCACACA